UUUGACUUUCACUAUGCCACAAAAUGUGACGGAGAAGCCAUAAUACAUUUAUAUGCUCAAGGAGGGAUCGAAUUUGCUGCAAAGCAUUUAGACGGUGUGUUCUCUUUCUGUCUACUUGAUACAGCUAACAGAAAAGUUUUCCUGGGAAGAGAUACGUAUGGCGUCCGGCCGAUGUUCAGACUUUAUAAUGACAAUGGGUUUCUUGCCGUCUGCUCUGAAGCCAAAGGUUUAAUAGGAUUGUCCCAGGAAGCCUACAGUGAACAUGUAGAACCAUUCUUACCAGGACAUGUUGAAACGUAUAAACUAGACAUGCUAGGUAAAGCUUCAUUCGAAGAACGAAUUAGAUUCCACAAAAUUGGAAAAGCACCAGCAUAUAACACAGUAGCUGAAAUUCAAGAUAAAAACGAAGUAGAAGAGAAUAUACGCAUCUUGUUUGAAGCAGCAGUUGAAAAAAGAUUGAUGGCUGAAAGACGCAUAGGAUGCCUAUUAUCUGGUGGACUUGAUUCUAGUCUUGUAGCUUCAAUACUUGCAAAGAAGGCAAAAGAAAUGAAACUGUCCUAUCGUAUUCAGACUUUUUCAAUAGGAAUGGAGAACAGUACAGAUCUGUUAGCAGCAAGAAAGGUGGCAAACUUCUUAGAAACAGAACAUCACGAGGUUGUAUUUACCCCAGAAGAGGGUAUCGCUGCCCUCGAAGAUGUAAUUUAUCACCUAGAAAGUUAUGACGUCACAACCAUACGUGCUUCGGUCGGCAUGUUUCUUCUUAGUAAAUAUAUAAAAGAAAAGACCGACACAACAGUUAUUUUGUCUGGAGAAGGAUCAGACGAGAUAGCUCAGGGAUAUAUAUACUUUCACAAUGCGCCAUCGGGUGCAGAUGCAGACAUCGAAAGUAAACGACUUUGCGAGGAUCUGUAUAUGUUUGAUGUUUUACGUAGUGAUAGGUCAACAUCUGCGUGGGGGUUAGAAAUUCGUGUGCCUUUUCUUGACCACAAGUUUAGUAGCUAUUACCUUUCACUCUCGGACAGUAUAAAACAACCACAAAAAGGCAUAGAGAAAUACCUACUACGUUCUGCAUUUGAUGGUAUUGAUCUCCUUCCAAAAGAUAUUUUGUGGAGACCAAAGGAAGAUUUCAGUGAUGGUGUAUCAUCAAAGACGAGAUCAUGGUUUGAAAUACUACAAAAAUUUAUAUGUGAACAGGUGAACGACAGUGAUUUAGAAUCUCUAGCAUUAACAUAUAAACAUAACACACCAAGGACCAAAGAAGCCCUUUACUAUAGACAAAUAUUUGAGAAAUUUUACUCAGGACAAGGUGAAUGGAUUCCAUAUUACUGGAUGCCUAAAUGGACUGAUGCUACAGAUCCCUCAGCCAGAACAUUGAAACAUUAUAAGCAGUAGAUUAUUCAUGUUUCAUUUUAGGUUUUACAUUACUCAUUACAGCAAUAAAAACUAGGGACAAAACAAUCAUGUUGUAGGAAAUUACAUCAAUUCAUUUAUUUUGAAAACGUCACCAAUCAAUCAAUUAAUCAUUUUGACAUAUUUUUUUCCUCAAGUAUUCCACAAUCAAUUUAAGAGUGCAAUAUAGGUAAUCUUUAUAAUGUUUACGUAUAUGGUGUUUUCAUGGUUCCUACUGCAUUUGUGUUGCUACAAGAUGCAAAACAGAAUCACCUUAGACCACUCGACCUCCUAGGCUAAAGAAAACCGAACUUUUCGUUGAUUGAUGUAAUACCUUUCCUUGUCGGCUUUAUCUAGGGUUGUAACACAGUACAUGAUGUAUAGUGGCAAGACGAUGGCGUACCUUUCAGAGUCAAAUUCGUUUCAAGUUUAGCCCAACGAUGUUGGAUCUUCAAGUUUGCGUUAGCUAAUUUUUGUUUUUCCCUCAGGCAUGUUUUUAUGUAUUCUAUGGGCACGGUUCAGAUGAAUGUUGCCACAAUGUUACAAAGCAUGAGUUCAAAUCCCGCUGAAAAAAGAAAACCAAUUGCUAACCAAAAAAAGAUCUAACGUUGGUGGACUAAAUUUGGGACGUCGAAUUAUAUAUUUUAUGGUGUGAGUCAUGUAUAACCAAGUGUUAUCCGACGAAGAAUGUCUGUCAUAAAGUUGUCACAUGUUUUAAGACGCAUAAAACAAAUAAUACUUAAUGUGGUACCAUGGUAACUGAACUCUUCAUCCUUUACGACAGACAAAAAAGUUAAUUUAAAAUUACUCCAUCUUCUUGCCAUUAUAUAGCAUGUACAGUGUUCCAUCCUGAGAUCAAGUCGACGAGGAAAGGCAUUGCAUCGAUCACCGAAAGCUAAAUUUAUAUUUAGCCUGUGUGGUCAAGUGUCUAGGUAUACAAUAAUGAUAUAUUCAACAGACAUAUAGAUUUAAAUUAAGGUCUGCUUUAUUUGUCUACAAUAGACUCAUAAGUGACUCUUGAAUCAAAGAGGUUAAAAAGACUAAAUAAAGUAAGAAUUUGAGUACAGACUGUUAUAGACUAUGUUUCAAACUCGAAACAGGCAUAUUGAAGUGUGGCUGGAUAACAACCAACGCAUACAGGGUUGAAGUGUGGC